AUAGCACACCUCCCUGGAGACUGGAGGUCGACCGUUUUUUCCUUUGUCUCCACACACACAUACACAAAAACGCAAUUUUCAUUUCCCUUCCAUUUCGCAGUUGCAGACACCGUUUUGUGAAUUUGAACACAUUUUAGGCACGCAGACAAGCUUUUGAGUUUCUGAUAUACAGAAAGAAGAAGAGGGCAUGUUUUAUUCGCAGUUAUUGCUAUCAAAGAAGGGGGCCUUAGGCAUCGUUUGGUUGGCCGCUCAUUGUCACAGGAGGCUCAACAAAGACCAAGUCCAGCAGACCAACAUUUCUUCUUCUGUGGAUAAGAUUCUAUAUGAUGAAGUUCCUGUGGUCACUCAUAGAAUCUUAGCUUUCCUUCUCCUGGGCGUCGUGAGAAUAUACUCGAAGAAAGUUGGAUAUUUAUUUGACGAUUGCAACGAAGUACUGAAUAAAUUAUGUGGCCUGAAGACUGUAAAAGACAAACGAGCCAGAAUUGGGCCCUCACAGACGCGUUACUAUUCUAUCACUUUACCUAAGAGGUUUGAGCUUGAUGCAUUUGAUCUCGACCUGGAAAAUCAAGACUUAGUAGGUGGAAAUGUGAGAUUACAUGAAAGGGAUAUGCGUGAAGGUAUUACUGAGAAAAUGCCAUUUUCUGAAGCUUACACACCACCCAGAGACGUGCUCUUAUCCCACCAUGUUAAUCAGGAUUCGUUUGUGGGUUCAACAUGUAACAUGAACAUUUCGUUCUCUAGCAUGGAGGCACUGCGUGGCGCAAGAUUUUCUCUAGAAGAUCUUGUAGAACCUAUUGCGUUGGAUGAGGCUGAAGAUUCACAAUUGCAUGAUAAGCUCUCUAACAAGGAUAUCACGACUAGUAUACCCGAGAAGACUAAUGAUAUGGUGUCAGAUUCUUUUGCUAGCUUACCAAGUGAUAGUAAGCCUGAUUUGGCACCAAGUUUAGAGAGACUCAGGGAAAAUUUGUUUACUUUAGAAGACCGUCUGGAUCCCAUGGUAAUGUCUGAACUUGAAACAGAGGAUAUAAGUCCAAGGUUUUGUGGACCAGUUCAAAAUCCUGCAAAUAUAUCUCCUCAAAGAACCGAUUCAAUAGCAAGUUUGGGAACAGUUCACAAAGAUAGUUUCAAAAUGUUGGAUGAAGCAGAAAAGCGACAAGUCAACAAUGGGCCAUCUGAAAAACAGCAUGAAGUUGUCAUUGAAGACAAUAAUUGCGAGAGUCAGUCGUAUUUUCAGGAGGGUGAACCACCUGGUUCCUUAACUGGAUCAGUUGAUAAACCACAGCCUACAGGCUUGAACAAGUUGAAAUCUUUGGAGGUGGUUACCCCAGAGAGCAUGACGAGCCAAAAACGAAAAGAAUUUCCCAUGUCUAUUGUAACUCCAGACCCAAAGCUUCCACAAAUAGGUUCGAGUAAACCUGAGGUUGCAACUGUUCAGACUCCUGCCAGAAAGGAGUGUCCGAAAAUUCUGAAGCGGAAGUCGAAGAUAUUGUUUGAUGAGACAAUUGUGGUCUCUAAUACAGUAUUCAGAAGCUGGAUAGAUGAUCCAACUGAUCUAAAACGUCAGAAAAAAGACUCUCCUCACACUCUUUUACAUGCCUGGAGAGCUCGUAAACUUGCUUCUAUUACUCAAAGUUUCGUGGAGCCUUCAAUUCCUGUCAUCUCUGCAGAUCUCUGUGACCUCGAACGGAAAUGGAGCAAUUUUGCAGCCAUUAAAUUGGUGGAAUUAUCCAUGGACCAAGAUGAAUGCAUCAAAUCUCCGGUUGCCCAUGUGGAUUGUGAACAAGUUGGUGGUGAUGUAAUAAUAUCUCAAGAACAACCUCCUAUUGCUCCAGGUACACCUGUGACUCAUCUGAAGUCAGUGAGAUCGUCACAUGAGGCAGGGGCAGAUGCCGAUUCAAACAUCCUGGAACCCACCUCCUCGUCUGAAAGUGUUGAGAAAAUCCCAUAUGCAAAUCAAAUGCUAGAAGCAGACUUUGAAUUCCAAGAGGACACAAGUUCAUUCCAAGGAGAUAACCAGGGAGAAGGCAAGUGCACAUAUUCUGCAAGAACAAGGGUUGUGGGAAGCUACCUUACUAAGAUAUUCCUGAGUAAAAGAAAACACGAAAAACAAGUGCUGAACUUGUCACAGUUGUUGGCUAGAAAAACAAAAAGAGAGAGCUCGAGGCUAUUCUAUGAGAUGCUGGUAUUGAAAACGCAAGGCUGCAUAGAUGUGGAGCAGGAGAAACCAUAUGGCGAUAUUCUUGUGCGGGAGACUUGUAAACUGAAGCAGGCUUCUCAAGCUUAAAUAUAAAAGUAGAGCGUCUUGACAUGAUGAAGGCUGUUUAUAGAGUUAGUAUAGUUGCAUCUGAUGUAGUUGUGACUUGUGAGCACUAACAGAACAACUACAGUUAAGAGUGUUUGCUGUAAUUAUUCAGUGGUCAUUGCAUGAAUGAGCUUUUCUGGAUUUUGUCAGCUGUUAAAAAACAAGCUACAGUUAGAGUGUUGACUGAAAUUAUUCAGGGGUGAUUACAUGAAUGAGCUUUCUUCUAUCGGCUUUAAACGAAAUGAGCCGCUUGUGAACUCAACUCGUCGACUUCAGCUCAACUCAUUUAUUAAGCAAGCCGAG